CGCAAGAACUUCUGGGUCCCAGCCUGUAGACAUCUUUGACUCUGGCUCCCUGAGUAGAUUGUUUCAUUCCUUCAGGUGACAUAGGCUGGUGGAUUCUGGAAGAGAUGUUUGCUGUUGCUUUCUUCAUGUUGUCUUUCAUGACUUGUCAGCCUGGGGUGACCACACAGGAGAGGGUGAACCGCAGAGUGAGCCGGGCUGCUGAGACUUCCACGCCCACAGCAGUUAACUGCCAGCUGAGCAGCUGGUCACAGUGGACAGACUGUUUUCCGUGCCAGGACAAAAAGUACCGAUACCGGAGCCUGCUGCAGCCAAACAAGUUUGGGGGAACCAUCUGCAGUGGUGAUGUCUGGGGUGAAAUGAGCUGUCAUGGAUCCACAGCUUGUGUAAAGCAAGCACAGUGUGGACAGGAUUUCCAGUGUAAAGAGACAGGCCGCUGCCUGAAACGCCACCUCGUGUGUAACGGAGACCAGGACUGCUCUGAUGGCUCAGACGAGGAGAACUGUGAUGAUGUCAGGGUCCCUGAAAAUGACUGCAGCCUGUACGACCCUAUUCCAGGAUCUGAGAGGGCAGCUUUUGGGUAUAAUAUCCUGACCCAGAAAGAAACUCAGAGUGUAUACGAUGCCACGUAUUACGGGGGCCAGUGUGAGAUGGUGUACAAUGGGGAGUGGAGGGAACUUCGAUACGACCCCGCCUGUGAGCGUCUGUACUAUGGCGAGGAUGAGAAGUACUUCCGAAAACCCUACAACUUCCUCAUGUACCGCUUUGAAGCCCUGGCAGACAGUAGUUUCUCCUCAGAGAUGUAUGGGGAUACAAAUGAACUUUUUAGUAAACUGAAAAAUGACCUGUUUGUGUCAGGUGGGUUGACCGUUGGUGUGGGCCUUGCAGGCAUCCCACUCACACUGGAUGUAGGUGGGUCUGGAUCGUACGCCUCUUCGUUCUUGAAGGAGUUAAGCAAGUACAAUGAGAAGAAAUACAGCUUCAUGAGAAUUUCCACAAAGGUACAGACUGCUCAUUUUAAGAUGAGGAGGGACAAUAUUGUGCUAGAUGAAGGAAUGAUGCUGUCGCUAAUGGAGCUUCCGGAGCAGUACAAUUACGGCAUGUAUGCCAAGUUCAUCAAUGACUAUGGCACCCAUUACAUAACAUCUGGAUCGAUGGGCGGCACUUAUGAGUAUUUCCUGGUGAUUGACAGAACAAAAAUGGAAUCAUCUAAUGUUACCUUUGAAGACAUCCAGACAUGCUUUGGAGCGUCUCUGGGCAUUUCUUACCUGUUUUCACAGAGCCUAGACAUUGGAGGAGGUUUAUCAGGACAACGGUGUAAAAAACAUGGAGGUGGUUUUUCUAAUCCCAACAAAAGUAGCUUUGCUGUGGAAGAUGUCAUUUCUCGGGUGCGAGGUGGCAGUCCUGGCUGGGGUUUUGGCUUAGCUCACAACUCGAGCACCAUUUCGUAUCGUUCCUGGGGGAGGUCACUGAAGUAUAGUCCUGCUGUUAUUGAUUUCGAGAUGAAGCCUGUCCAUGAGCUGCUGAGGCACACGACCCUGGGAGCCCUGGAGACCAAACGCCGGAACCUGCAACGGGCCUUGGAUCAGUACCUGAUGGAAUUUAACCCCUGCCGCUGUGGGCCCUGCUUCAACAAUGGGGUGCCCAUCCUCGUGGGCACCAGCUGCAAGUGUCAGUGUCCCGUGGGUCGCAAGGGCUAUGCCUGUGAGCAAAUGGCGGAAGAGAGAGCCAAGGCGGAGGGUCACUGGAGCUGCUGGAGCUCCUGGUCUGCUUGCAGAUCAGGCACUCAGGAAAGGAGGAGAGAGUGCAACAACCCCCCACCCAAGAAUGGAGGCACCCCGUGUCCAGGGCGGGCAGUGCAGACCCAGGCUUGCUGAAGACCUCUGGGCACAGGCUGGGACAUAUGCAACGGAUGCCACCACCUGUAAUACCAUGGGACAGUGACUUCUUGCAGCUGAGAGGAAAUGCCAAUCAAUGUGGAUUUCUUUGUCCUGCCAGCUCCCAAGCCUAAGACCAGGCUAUGACAUCUACAACCAACUGUUUUAUUCCCCACAAAAUUCAGCCAUCCACCAACCAGGUGUUGAGUGUUAACCAGAAUCUUGAUCCUGCUCACAGCACUUUGGGUCAUAAAAAAAAAAAAGAAAAAGAAAAAAAAAAGAGAAAUCUCAACCCAUGUCUUAGAGAAGGUUAGAGAUACAAAGCAGGCAGAUGCUCUGGAAACAAUCAAUGGCCAAUAAGAUGAAGUAUGAUGAGAAUUAUCUUGGUUCUUUGAUAAUAAUAUUUGUUCAAUCAUAGAAGGAUUAUUAGUAAGAUAAGUGGAUAAUGAAAUAAUGAGAAAAAAAUUAAAGAUUAACGAGUUCCUUCAAUUUUUCUUCAUUUUGACUCAACAUUUUCUUCUAUUCCUUCAAUUAAUCUCUUGUUUGCUUAAGUUCUUACCACAAAUAUCACGUUUCUCCCAAUUAUUUUCUCACACUAGUCUCUUCCUUCAUCGAGUUUUUAGCAAUUAGUAAUUACAUAGUGGUGCCCACAUCUCCUGUGACUGUAAUAUGACCCAUCUCCCAACCUGAGGGUGGGGAUUAGCUUUGUUUGGCUCAGCACUGUGUCUGCAGAGGCGAGGGCUGCGCCUUGAGUUGGGAGGGACCCAACAAGCAUCUGUGCAUGAAGUGAGGUACUGAGCUCAAGAGACAGUUCAAAGAUGGGGUCCAUAUUGGUCAGGCUCCCAGACCGGAGCACAGAUUGGAGGGGUGGGCCAAUAAUGAUCAGCACACCUUCCCUGACACACCUGCCUGCCUCAGUAUCCCACAGCAUCCUACUCAUGUGUUGUGUUGCACCGACUUUUCGGUUUACCCAUAAGUUUCUCCCCCAGUCUAUGAGCUCCUUAACAGUAGAAGUUGUAUUCUCAGACAGUACAAGAAACAUGUUGACUGAUUAUAUAUAUAAUUAUUUUCCCUAUCUGUCCAGAAUCGUCAAUCUUUUUAGUGUAAUAAUAAAGCCGACAUAGGCAUGAUACAAUUAGCAGGGGUUUCAGGGACACAGGAAACCAAUUGCUGAGUGAAUGAUGCUGAAAUAUGAGGCACCCAAAGUGCCAGGGAAAGCCAGGUGGGAGAAGACUGGUCUUUUUGUCUGCGUUUUAUAUACGGAAUGGGGCUUGACCCUGACCUUGAAGGAUUUUUGAAUGAGGCAAAGAGGGAGGGGACCUUUAAGACAGAAAUUCAGCAUGUGACAAAGUUUGAAGUUAAGAGGCACACUGGGGGUGUGCGUAGGUGUAGGUGUUGGGAAUGGGGAAUGGGGAAGAUGGUGAAUGUAAAUAAAAUAACAUAAAAUACUUAAAACAAUGCCUGUCUCAUACAAAAUUAUUGGCAUCACCCUUAAUAUUGUUGUUGCUAUUAUUAAUUAAAACUUAUAGUUUAAAAGUUUA